GGCUCCCCCCCGGGGCGGGGACACGGGCAGGUGGCGGCCCGGGCGGAGGUGACGCUGAUAGCUCACGGGCUCCUGCAGUUGGGCCACGGGCUGAAGCGGACUGUGGAGCGCACACAGGGGCGGGUGCGGGAGCUGUGGCGCCGCCUGGACUCCCACAGCAGCGGUCUGGCGGCGCUGCAGCAGCGGCUCGGCCUCCUGCACGAGCACAGCGCGCGGCGGCGCCGGCUGUGGGCGGGGCUCCGGGCGGCGGCGGCCGAGGCGGAGAGUGUGACGUCGGAGCGCGGUCUCCGGGCGCUGGUGGACAGAGUGCAGCGCCUCGUGCGGCCCCGCACCACCGACCCCGUCACCGCCGUGCGGUCCAUGGCGGAGGCUCAGGGUAGGAGUGUUGAGCAGCUCUUUGCCAGAAUUAAAGAUCAACAAUGGCAGUUGGACAAACAGAGCAUCCAGAUCCAGAUUCUGCAGAGCAAGCUGGGAGAAGGCAAACACAACCUGAACGUGAGUCCCAAAUGGAGAUCCCUUCUCAAGCGGAGAGUGGAGGAGAGCUCGCCCACCCAGAAUAGCAGCAAGGAGCCAGCCAGGCCCCACAAGCUGCCCUCUGACUGUGACCAGGUGUAUCUGGCAGGAGAGCGAGCCAAUGGCGUGUACAGAAUCCAGCCAGGGACAGCACUGCCCUUCCCCGCCUUCUGCCAGAUGACUGCAGAGGGCGGCUGGACAGUUGUGCAGCGCAGAAUGGAUGGCACCGUGAACUUUGACCGACUCUGGCAGGAAUACAGAAACGGCUUUGGCAACUUGAACAGUGAAUUCUGGUUGGGUUUGGAGAAGGUGUGUGCUGUUACUGGCCAGGGAGACCACAUCCUUCGCAUUGAGCUGCAGGACUGGGAUAACCACACGCAGCACAUGGACUAUCCCUUCCACCUGGGCAGCGAGGCCACUCACUACACACUGAGCCUCGGCAGUGCUGUGUCCGGCAGCCUUCGCAUUGCCAUCAGCCCGGCCAGUGGCCUGCGCUUCUCCACCCGCGACCAGGACCACGACCUGAAGCUGGACAGCAGUUGUGCUCAGCACCUGACAGGAGGCUGGUGGUUCAGCAGCUGUGGACAAGCAAACCUGAACGGCAGGUACUUUGCCACCAGGCCACGACAGCGACUCGAGAGGAAGCAAGGAAUAUUCUGGAAGCCCUGGAAAGGUAGAAAUUACUCCCUGAAAGCUACAACAAUGAUGAUUCAUCCAGCGAAGCUCAGCGUGUAAAGACCAGGACUGGAUUCUGGUGGGAGACAGACAUUACUGAGAGCACGUCAGCUGGAGUGCUCAGACUGGGAGCAGUGACUCCAGGCCCCAGUCAAACAAGUAAUAGCUUUAAUGCAACAAAGCAAUGCAAUACUGUUACGCUAUCAGUGCCUUCAUCAUGCAGUGUCAAUGUACUAAUAACUGACGCUAUGCAAGCAUUUCCAAAGGACAAGGUCCCACUGCUACUGAUCCUGCUGAUUCUCCGGAUAACUGGCCUUUACUGCAAUCUAAUAAUUUAAUUCACUGGAAAAGUGUCCCUGGUUUGUAAGAUUGUAUAAAUGCAGUUUCUAACACUGACUGAGAAGUGGGAGCUGUUGGAUGCAGGAGCCAAAGGUUAAACCAUGUUUAAACACACGGACUGUUUAGGCAGAGAUCUGCCUCAAGGAAGCAAAUCCAUUUCUGGGGAAAAUAAGCAUCUCAAGAAGCUGCAGACUGGAAUUUCCAGCCUGUGAACCACUCUCUUAAUGUUUAAGGUCGAGUAGAAUGCUCUUACUUACGUUUUGGAAAUCUGUUCUUUUUAAAUACGUUGUAAACAGGCUUAAAGAUGCCAUGGCCCUACCCAAAGAAAAGGGAGUUUCCCACAGUAACCUGGCCAUCAAUUCUUCUCUUGCCCCUCCAAAGAAAAGUGGUCAUUUCAUCCGUGUUUUUGCUUUAUGCAAAUUGGCUACUGCACAGUCACUACACUUUACAGUAAAUGCUAUGAAUCGCUUUGAGACAGCCAGCAUAAAAAGUGCUAAACCAAAUCCAAGUAUUUCCAAAUUAAGACUGAUUUUAAGAAUUGUUCUCUUCUGUGUGAAGUUAAAUUUCAAGACAAAAUUGUUGUAAAGACGAAGAUGCAAUAGAAUUUUUAGUGAGGGAGGCAGUGUCAUGUACAGUGUGUGGGAGCGCAGGUUAAAGACUUUUAACGGUGGCUUUUACUAGAGAACAUGGCUGCUGGGAGGAGUGACUUAAUUUCCACAUUAGCUAUUUUGGAAAAUUCUUCAAGUCGAUCUUCAUUUGAAAAUUGCUCUGAAAAAGAAACUGGCUUCCAACUUCAGUAUAAAGUGAAUUUAAGAAUUCCAAUAUUUUAUUUUUAAAUGAUAAGAUAUGAUUUUUUAAGCUUAAGGGAUUUGA